AUGGCAAAGGAGGCAGUGCUGUGGAAUGAUGUCGAAGUAAAUGUUGGCUGGGGAACUCUUCGUGGCAAGACAUGCGUAGUUGAUGGUACAGGGCUUGAUAAUGAUAAUGGUUUGCAUGUUGUAGGCUUGCAUGGGUGGUUGGAUAAUUGCAACACAUUUGAUAACUUAGUUCCCUUGUUGCCUUCUAAAACUAAAGUCUUAGUGUUAGAUUUUCCUGGUCAUGGAUGGUCAGAUCAUCUCCCUCUUGGGGCUCAUUACAACCCAUUUGUUUAUGCUUUUAAUAUAAAAACAGCAGUGCUUAAACUUGGUUGGAAAAAAUUUAUACUAAUGGGACAUAGCAUGGGAGGUGCUGUUUCAUGUGUUUUCACUGCAAUUUUUCCAGAACUUGUAAGUGCUUUGAUCAUCUUUGAUUAUGUUGCUCCACAGUCAACAAGGGGAUUUAUAGAACAGUGCCAGAUCUAUGCUGAAGAUCUUCUUAAAUCAGAGAAACUUGCCCUUGAGCCUCCUCUGGUAUAUUCUGAAAAAGAAGCCAUAGAUCGCUUAAUAGCUGCUCGUGUCUUCGGUUACAGUGAUGAUGCGACUAUUGAUAAAGAAGCGGCGCAAAUUUUACUUCCUAGGUCAGCUCAAGAAGUUAGUAAUGGAUAUGUUUGGAGUCAUGAUCGAAAAGCAAGACCAACAUUUUUGGUUUUUAUUAGUGGGAAAAAAUGGAUAGAAAUAAUAUCAGCAAUUAAAUGUCCAGUCUUAUUGAUCCAAGCAACAAGAGGCACAAAUAUGUUUCAGAUAGAAUCUUUGAAUAAAAUUUAUGAAGUUUACAGAAGAAAUGCCCAGUGGUUUAGUGUUGAAAUAGUUGAAGGCUGCCAUCAUGUCCAUUUAACAGAACCAAGCCAUGUUGCUCCAUCAGUAACUCAUUUUUUGGAAAAAGUAGCUAACAGGAAGCAGCCAAUUCAAGCCAGACUAUAGGGACCAAAUUUACAUGCUUUCUGUUGCCAAAGGCAGUUUUUAUCAGAUCAGGUAGUGAAAGUCUCAGAAAACCAUAUUCAUUACCUUGAGGCCAGUUUUAUUGUGUACAUAGUACGGUAAUUAUUUAUCAAAGAAAUGUAUUGUAGUGAUGGUGACAACUGAAGAAUUGAAAAAUCAAGAGAGUAAUAUUUUUCAGGUAGACUUAAACACUGCCUGGAAUUGAACUUUACCUAUUCAUUUUAGUUACACUGCCAUCUUUGCUUUAUGUAUGAAGUAUGUAUUCAUCAUAUUUCUCUUUGCAUGCAAAUCAGGUUCUAAAAUUUGUGAUCUUGCUGAGAACUUGAGAACUGACUUGCUUUGGGUCUAAAAAUGUUCCCAUAGGGCUUACUAGCAGAAUCCACAUUUUUAUUUUUGUAUAUAAUAUUAUUCAGAUGAUAGUAAUUACAUGUUCUCAAUAUCACUUGUCAUAAUUAUGCCUGUAUAUCAGCAUUCAUAGUGUUAAUGCGUCAGAAAAACAUUUAUAUCUAACAUGUGAAGUUCAUCAAACUUUUUAGCUCUAGCAUUUGGAGCUGCUGCUUCAUAGUACCAAAUGUAUCUUGCAUAUAUAGGAGCCAGUGGCAGAUUUAUGGGGUUACCUGGUCACGUGAAUAUUGAGAAAAUGUCUGUCAGGGGUAGUGCAUUUGAGAUUGAUGUGGCAAUAUCUUAAAUUAAAUUAGGUUUUUGUAUAUGAGACAUACCCAUUAAUUAUAUAGCUAUAGUUUCCAAUGUAUGGCAGCCUAUUUCAAAUUUUGUGGGUAGAGCUUCGAUUGUUCAUUGUAGAUAUACAGUCCCGUCCCCCAACGGCAAUACUAGGAACAACUUUGCAAAGCACUUCAUUCUGUUUCCUGCCACGCUUGACUUAAACAUCGAGUGCUUACAGCAGCUUGUCCUUAUUUUCCGGUUACACAACCACCGGAACACAUUCGUAGCCUUCGAGCAGGAUGAGUCUUGUCCUUUAUUUAUUUAAUUCAGAUGAUCAUCAAGCUGGAUAUUUGUAUUCUCCAGGAAUAGUAUUUGAAUGUAACUCCAUUCAAUUAGGACUAAUACUUUUGCAUAUAAAAUUUACUUACCAGGCUUAUGCUAUGUGCAAGUCGUCGGUUAAUAAUUGCCUUAAGUAAUCAUGAUUUUACAUCAUUCCUUUAGGCAAAGCUUUUGUGUUUAGAUUUUGUUUAUCAGCCAUUGGUCAUUAGCCUGAAACUGGUAAAUAAUUACCUUAAAAUAAUUCUCGAAUGUUAUUCCAUUCUUGUAUCUUAGAACCUUUGCAUUUAUUAUUUACUUACCGGCUACGUGCAUGUCGCUGGUUUAUAAUUACCUUUAAAAGUAAUUUGUGAAGGUUACAUAAUUCCUUUAGGUUAAACCUUGCUUUUAGGAUUUUGCUUACCAGCCAUAGGCUAUUAGAGUCGCAAGCCGUUGGUAAAUAUAGAUACCUUAAAGUAAUUUGUGAAAGUGUGGAGGUUGAAAGUAUUAAGGAGAGAAUGAUGUUAAUGUUUGGCUACGGGGAACUUUGGGAGAGAAGGCUUACAUGGCCUCAGCGUAUGGAGGUAUAUCCUGGCGUCACGCAAUUGUGAAUGUUUCACAUUUUAGUCAAUAGCCUUGAGCUCACUUGGUGCACUGUACCACAGUGGCCACUCAAGUCAGUUAGACUAGAGCACAGGCCACUUGAGUCAAUUAGCGGGACACGUACAUAAUUGGUUACUGAUAUAUAUAUAUACUAGUAUAAUAUAUAUAUGUAUAUGUAUAUAUAGGAGGGUACAUUAUUUUAUAAUACAUACAUACAUCUGAAUACAUGAAAUGCAAUUUCAUAUUUUUGUAAAUAUUUGUUUUAUUCAUUUAUCACUAAUUGGAGGAUAAAAGCAGUGUUUUUACAGUAUACUAGAGUCCAAUUGGCUUUUAUACUUAAUGCAAAAAUGACUUGUUGAUAUAAAAUUAUUAUUAUUUUGGAGUUAUGCAUACAUUUACAUUAUGUUUAAAUGCAUGUCUGAGUAUGUGAAAGGCUGAUGUAUUCAUACAUUAUGAAUGUUGCAGGCCUAGAUACCAGAAUUCCACAUAGUGAUAUAUAUAAAGUAUGUAGUUAGUAAUUGAUUAUUUAUCAAUUAUUUUCAUGAAAGUAAUCAGUAACUGAGAUUACCAGAUGCGCCGGUAUCUCACCUCCCGCCUGUGGUCUGCCGACUUCCUCUACCUCUCAAACCUAAUGCCAAUUCUCUCCCAUUACUCCUCCGAUCUUUAUCAUUUGCACCUGCACCUGGCUCCAUCGCUUCCUUCCCAUGCCUUUGCCAGCUUUUAUUUCGAUUAUAUCAUGGAUUACCAAUGUAACAGUGAAGUGUUGUGCAGUGGGGGAGGUGGCUGCUUGUCCCUCGAUUCUCCUAGACAAAGUCACUGUCCCGCUCCCCAGCACCUGGGAGAAGACGUACAGGAGGUCCAAGGGAGGUCGGGGGUAGUCACUCCCUCAGUCGAACCUGUUGCUUGUAGGUCCCAGGUAUCAACAGACAGCUGCUGGAAAGGUGUCUUUCUGGAUGUGUGUUAGAGGAGGUGACUAUCUGCCCCCUCAGAUCUCCUAGACUUGAAGUCACUGUCCUGCUCCUUCUCACGGCUAAGAACAGCCUAGGAGAGGACACACUGGUAGUCGAAGGGAGUGCGAGGGGGUUACCCCUGGUAGUUGCCCCCUUGGUUGAACCUGUAGCUUUUCCCAGGUAUCAGUAGGCAGCCAUUGAAAAGGCUUCUUGUUGGAUGUGUAGUGAGGAGGGGUUCUCCCCCCUCAGUCAAACUUGUCGUGAGUUUAUAGGUUUCGACCGAAUGCGGUUGGAAAGGCGUAUCUUAGUGUACAGUUGACGUCUUAUUCCAGUGGUUCGUCACCUAAUAGAUCACGGCAGAUGGUGUGAUUCCUUGGGCUCUCGAUCUCUGAAGAGGUAUUAUUCAGUCGAUGAAGCCUCGUUCCCUUGCAGUAAUAUUCAUCUGACUCUCAAUCGAUUUUUGACUCAUGACUUGGCUUUUUCAACUCACAAUCAAUGUUCUGCUCGUGUCUCAGCUGAUCCAACUCUGUCUAUUUUCGAUUCUCAACUCGGCUGAUUCGAUUCACAAUUGGUGUUCGUCUUGUGACUCAGCUGAUUCGACUGAAGGGAGUCUGAUGGGGGUUUUUUCCCCUCGGUCAAACUUGUCAUACUUUAUUAGGUUUUGAAUGAAUGCUGCUGUUUAGUGAGUGGUGCUCAGUAGGCAUCAGAUUAAAGGAAGGUUACUUAUUUUACUUGAUUAGUAUUAUAUUCAAUGCCCUGUGCUAGCACCUAGAUGUUGGAAGCAUCGUAAGCGACCUUCUGCUUCCGAUAGCCAGUCCUCUCUCAGGUGUUCGCAUCCAGGUGUGUCGACUCCCUCACCUUCACAAUUCUCUAUGCUCUUAAAGGUGGAGAUACAGACUUCUUGUCCGCUGAAGAGGAAGUGAAUUAGAAUUCUGCUCCUGCAUUUGUAUAUUUGAGCCUUCUCAAAUACUUUUGUCCUAGAUGCUCAUCAGAAUAGUACCAGUUCUCAUGAUGAGCACCAGGUAUUAGCACCUAGCCACUCGAAUCUCUCUCAUAUUGGGCGUUUUUUUUUUCAAGCAUCAGUCCCCGUACAGGCGCUCAGCACCAUCUGAGGCGCCCAAUCCCUUGCCUCAGCUCGCUUGGCGUUUUCCACUCCUCACCUCGUUCAUCUUCUUCAACACUAGGGAAUCUUUCGUUAACCACCAUUCGAACAGGAAGUUUCGAUCACUCAGACAUGUGGCGAGAAGUGGCAAGUUCUCGCAAACUUUUGGCGCAGUCGGCUCUACUUGCUGAGUUUGGAGAGUCAGGGGGUACAGUGUGCCUGGAGCACCCACCACUCUCAGUGGAUGGGGCUUGACUUUAUUUCAGUGUAAGUCUCAGUGUUUUCUGGUUGUUUUAUUUUGGUGCUACGCCCAAGGCAAGGGCAGGCACUUAUCAUACUUUGCUAGCCAUAGGAGCAUUCCCGUGGAUGCAAGGUUUCCCCUAAGUAGGAAGCAACCCAUGGCUCUACUGCCACACCACUACGAGUUAAGAUGAGUGCCAACCAGAGGCAGUGUUCAUCUGCAUAGCUCUCUUAACUAAUAGGAAUGACAAGCGUUGUUUUUUCAAUGCUAGCAACUUUUCUAUUUUCAAAUAAUGCUUUGGAGUAGAAUAUGUCCAUGAACCACUUCCUUUCAAUGUGGAGUCAGCUAUAUAAUUACUGGGUAAGUCUCAUAUACAAAAAUGAUAUUUUGAUAAUAGAAUAAGGUUUUGUAUAUACUUAGACAGUAAUUAUAUGAUCAGAGCCCACCUGCCUCCCCUCUGAUGGACAUUAUGCAUGAAACAGAAUGAAGUAAUUUGCUAAGUUGCUCCUAGUAUUGCCGUUGGGGGACAGUGCUUUAUCUACACUGAACAAUCGAAGCACUAUCUGUGAAACUUGAAUUAGGCUGCCAUACGUUGGAAACUAUAGCUAUAUAAUGACUGGGUAGUACAUACAAAACCUUAUUUUGUUAUAAUAUCAUAUUUUAUAGUAAGCUGCCUCCAGUAUUGAUAAUGCAUAGUACAGAAAGCCUUGCCAGAUUUCAUUGGUAUAGAAUCUUUUAGCUCAUGAGGGUGGUGAUUAAUAACCUCAUCAAAUUUUAAGGGGAGGGGAAAAGUAGAACUGAAGAUACAUUAGUAGUAUCAUUUUCUAGAUUGGACACAAACUAUGGUAAUUUCAGAAUAUUUUUUUUUUAUUUUGUUUAGCUUUUUCUGAUCUUUUGCAUGUUUUUUAUGCUCUUAUAUUUUUCUGUGAUGGAAGGUAUUCAUUUGUGUUUAAUGACAAGUCAUAUUUUAUAUGAACCUGUGGGAUGGGUGGCUUAGAAAUUAUGUUAAUGCCAUUUGAUUUAGUAUCUGCUACAUAUUUCUCAUUACUAAUUGCUUGUUAUUGGUAAUUCAGUACUACUUGGUCUUUAUGCCUUGACCAGGAAAAUUGGUAUUCCUUAAAGUAAUGGUUUGUGUUUGUAAAAUAGAUUAUUUUUAUAUUGUUUAUCUUUACGUAUUGUGCAGAAUAAUUAAGUUUUUGUCUUUUUUGUUAAAUUGUACCAUAUUUGUUUAUGUGAUAUGCACAAAUGAGUGAAAUGUUAGCUUAAAGCAAAUUAAAAAAGAAACAAAGUUGGA